AUGGCGACAACUUCUCCUGAUAUCCGAGCGGCGUCUGAUGUGGCUUACACGGCAUUCGAAGACACUGUGACAGAAGAAGUGCCACGAAUGUCUCCGCUAGCCGAGGACAGCUCCGCCGUGCUUUUCUUUAAUGGUGGGUCUCGUGGCAAUCCCGGCCCGGGUGGUGCGGGCGCUAUUAUAAUUACGAAUUCAGGGUCUUUAGAAUCGGCCGGGGUGCGUUGGAUGUGCAGCAUAUUCCUCGCAGCAAGCACUACAACACACAAUGCGGCAGCAUACAAAGCUCUCCUUUUUGGGCUUCGCAAGGCGUUGGGGUACCAUCUACAACGCCUACACGUCGUUGGGGACAGUGACCUGAUUCUUGGACAGCUACGGUGCAGGAGGCCGCCGCAGGCUCAACAUCUUAAAGAUCUGUACAGGCAAUGUCGAUUGGUGGGGGACCGGCUGGGCGUGGCCACGUGGACUCAUCAUCUUCGACACUUUAACAAGAUGGCGAACGCCAUGGCAAAGAUCGCGAUGGAUUCAGGACGCAGCAUACAGGUUCUCGGUCCUGAAGUGGCACUGUUGCCACCCGAAUGGGCGGUCGUUACGACCUACUUACGUAGCGACCUGGGGCACUGGCAUGACUUGCUAUGGGAUACGGCUAGACAAGCCGAUAGACAGAGGGACGACCCUGAGUAA